GCAUAGUCAUAAUAUAUUACUACCAACCUAACCCCGUCAUCUCAUCUCAUCAUAACCCACAAAAGUCCUCUCUUGACUUCUCUCUCUCUCUCUCUGAAUUCUUCUUUACCUUCUCCAUUUCAUCUUCUCAACCUCGUUCAUCUGCUUUCAUUUCAUCCAAUUUCUUAAGAUUAAAAUUGAAUUCGCUCUGAUUCAAAUCAACCAGGUCACAUUCCAAGCUCAUUUGAAUUACUUCAUACUGUCAUGACUUGUUUUUCUUUCUUAUUUGGUAAGAAAGUGUCUUCUGAUAUAAGACGAGAUCCUGAAAUUGAUCAAGGACUUUCCGGUAUUCGAAUAAAAGUUUAUACCUACAAAGAACUCAAAAAUGCCUCUGACAAUUUCAGUCCGGCUAAUAAAAUCGGAGAGGGUGGUUUUGGUUCUGUCUAUAAGGGAGUACUAAAAGGUGGGAAGUUAGCUGCUAUUAAAGUUCUUUCAACUGAAUCAAAGCAAGGAGUGAAGGAAUUCUUGACCGAGAUUAAUGUCAUUUCAGAAAUACAGCAUGAAAAUUUGGUUAUACUAUAUGGUUGUUGCGUGGAAGGAGAUCACCGAAUAUUAGUCUACAAUUACCUCGAGAACAAUAGCCUUGCACAAACCCUUCUAGCUGGAGGUCACAGUAAUAUCUACUUCGAUUGGCAAACGCGAUGUAAGAUAUGUAUUGGAGUUGCACGCGGACUUGCCUUUCUCCAUGAAGAAGUAACGCCGCAUAUUGUUCACAGAGAUAUAAAAGCAAGCAAUAUUCUCCUUGACAAAGACCUUAUACCUAAGAUUUCGGAUUUUGGUCUUGCAAAGCUUAUUCCAUCAUAUAUGACUCAUGUCAGCACACGCGUAGCAGGAACAAUAGGCUAUUUGGCACCAGAGUAUGCGAUAAGGGGGCAGUUGACUCGUAAAGCAGAUAUUUACAGUUUUGGCGUCCUACUUAUAGAGAUAGUCAGUGGGAGAUCUAACACAAAUGUCAGAUUACCAGUUGCAGAUCAAUAUAUUCUAGAAACGACAUGGGAGCUUUACGAGCGAAACGAAUUGGUACAGUUGGUAGACAUAUCACUAAACGGGGGUUUCGAUCCUGUGGAGGCUUGUAAAAUUCUGAAGAUUGCCCUUCUUUGUACUCAGGACACUCCUAAGCUCCGGCCAACCAUGUCUUCUGUUGUCAAAAUGCUCACCGGAGAAAUUGAUAUUAACGAAAGUAAAAUAACAAAACCGGGGUUGAUUUCAGAUGUUAUGGAUCUUAAAGUUAGAGGAGCUAAGAAAAAUAAAGAUAUAGAGAGUACAUCUUCAUACAAUGCUUCCUCUGGCUCAGAUAGCCAGGGUACUACUACUACUACUGUGUCAUUGGCUGCUUCUUCAAGUACUGCAACAACUUCAACCUUCACUAUAAAACAUGAUAAAAGCAUGUAACAUCACUACUAGCCUUCAGUUAUUUUCUCAUUGAUAUAAGAUUUUUUAUUUAUUGAGGUUUGUUAUCUCAUGUAAAUUUGUUAUCAAUUCCAUAAUUUUAUGUGUAAAAUUUAUUUGGUAAGGUGCCACUAGGAAGUUUUGUAAAAUGUACUAUGUUGUAGAGAAAUGCUAGCAACACUCUCUUUUGAACACUCUCUCAAACACUUCCUAUCUUAUUGGUUGAAAUAUGUGUGGGUCCUACUACUUUAUGUGGGACCUAUUUUCAAAGUGAGAGGCCCAUACAUGUAUCAACCAAUAAAAAAGUGAGUGCUUAAGAGAGUGUUCAAAAGAGAGUGUUGUUAGCACUCCUCCUAUGUUGUAACCUUUUUCUAUAAAGAUUACAAAUGAAAUUGAUGAUGUUUUUUUAUUCUCUAAAAAGUAAGAG